GGUGGCCGUUGACGUUAUCCGCCAUGAUUGUUUACAAAUCAUCUUUCAUUAGUCUUCGUUGACAAAAUUCAAAUCUUAACAUGACAUCUUCCCUUUCAGAAGAUUGGCAGAUCGAAACGAAGAACGUUUCCGAGAGAAAUAGGUGUAUGUUUAACCAGAAUCUAAUGAGUGAUAUCACUUUUGUUGUACGAGACGACGAAAGAGACGAUGGGAAAAGAUACAUCCCAGCUCAUAAAUAUGUGUUGGCCACGUCAAGUCCCGUUUUCUACGUAAUGUUUUACGGUAAUCUAGUGGAGCAAUCAAAUGAAAUUCACUUACCCGACACGGAGUAUGCCAGUUUUCUUGAAUUCUUACGGUUUCUUUAUUGCGAUGAGUGUAAACUGUCGGUUGAUAUCGCAAUCGACGUUUUGUAUUUGGCAAAGAAGUAUCUUUUGCCAUAUCUGGAAAAGUUAUGCAAUAAUUUCUUGCAAAAUAGCAUAACGGCAUCCAAUGCCUUCACGUUGCUCUCCCAGUCGUUGAGAAUUGGCGAGGAGGAUCUUCAAAAAAAAUGCUGGUAUUAUAUUGAUUCGCAUUGUCAAGAAGCCCUUGCAUCGGAUGCCUUUUUGAAUGUCGAACGAGAAAUAGUGCAAAGUAUGUUAGAACUUGAGACAUUGAACGUUAAGGAGAUCAACCUUUUUCAGGCUUUGGCGAAAUGGUCUGAUCAUCAAUGCAAGAUGCAAGGUUUAGAGUCGACAUCCGAGAAUAGAAGACUUGUGCUUGGGAAUGCAGUUUACCAAGUUCGUUACUUGACCAUGACACAGAAGGAGUUUGCUGAUAAUGUGUCAAAAACGGACCUUCUCGACAAAGAUGAAGUUAUAGCAAUCUUUCAAAUGCUUAGUGGUGUCACACCUUCAAACAAGGAGCUACAGGAGACCUUUAGCAGAUGCAUUCAAGGUAAACCUCGUCAGCUUAAACCAACCGAGAGAUGUUCCCGAUUUACCCAGGACCAGAUCCGCACUUCCAAAACCCUCGGUGGUUGGCAAUACACUUCGGGCCAUCCGGAUAUCCUCAGUUUCAGUGUGGACAAGGAUAUAUAUUUUCAUGGUGUUCGCUUGUUUGGCUCACUUGGUCAUAACAGCAGAUACAAUGUUGAGCUUUCAUUCUCUAACGUCAAAAUUAAUGAAAAAUACUACUCUGAACGUAAGAACACUUUAAUUCCCGGUUUUGAUGUGCUCCUGCAAUCACCUGUUGUUGUUAAGAAAGGCCAGUGGUAUGAAAUAUCUGCUCUUAUACAAGGCAAUGGAUCCUAUUAUGGUGAACGUGGUGUAAGCUCCGUCAAGUGUGCUGGAAUCUCCUUCAACUUCCGCGAUUGCCCCGAUCUCGAUGUUCCUAAUAAUAAAACCCUUUGCGAGCGAGGACAGUUUCAUGAGAUACUUUUUUCUCAUUGUUGUUAUCCAUAAAUAUUUUUGAACAUGUAAUUAAUGGUCCUUAAUAAAAUAUACUUUCCUUGUGUAUCAUGGCAAA